AUGGUAGUGAUGAGCGAGCCGGCGUCAAAGCACGUCCCCCAGCAUCAGACCCGGCCCCCCUGCCCGGCCCAGGGCCACCGGACGGCACUGCACAGGGCAGCCGCCGCGGGCAACAGCGACGCCAUGGCUGCCCUGGUCCAGGGAGGCUGCGCCCUGAACCUACAGGAACGGGAUGGCAACACAGCCCUCCACGAGGUGUCCUGGCACGGCUUCUACCAGUGUGUCAAACUACUGGUCAAGGCAGGAGCAGAUGUUAACGUCAAAAAUAAGGCCGGCAACACGGCUCUACAUCUUGCGUGUCAGAACGCACACGCUCAGAGUGCACGCGUCUUGCUGCUCGGAGGUUCAGCGGCUGACGCCAAGAACAAGGCGAGGGACACCUGCCUGCAUGUAUCCUCUCGUUACGACAACGUCAAGGUGCUGAAGCUUCUGCUGAGCACACUGUGCUCUGUGACGGAGCAGAACCAGGAGGGGGACACGGCCCUGCACACGGCCGCAGCGCUCAACCACAAGAGGAGCAUCCAGCUGCUGCUGGAGGCUGGAGGAGACGGGAACGUCCGGAACAACGCAGGCAGGACGGCUCUGGACAGAGCGAAGGAAAACAACAGCACAGAGGCAGCGUUGGUCCUCGCCCGGGCUCCCCAGGUGCAUCGCUUCAUGCGAGGAAGAACGAUAAGGAAGCAGAGAGAGAGAGUGAGGGCCGAGCGUAGGACCCAGUCCGUCAAUAGUGUCGACACACUGGCUAAAAGGGAGAGCGCCUCGUCCGCCGAAGACAACGAGCUAGACUCUGUGCCGAGGGCUACCAGACUGAGGGCCACCCGACCGAGGGCCACCCGACCGACGGUCUUCGCGACUGGCUACCAUUGUCAUCCCCACCGUCGCCGCAAGAUGGCCGCCCUCACCGCCGGAGGACCGCACGGCCGAGGGAGUGGGGCCUUGAAUGAAGAUCAUGCAGGGAGUGGAGAGGGAGUCCCUUCAGAGACCCAAAGGAGGAAAGGACUUCUCCCGUCCGGCAACUGCAGGGAACCUCCGAAGACCAGGGCCUAUCAGCUAUACACACUCUUCCGAGACAGACACGGCACGGUACGACAGGCUCCUGCCAGAGGGAGCCACUGUAGGGCCCGCUUCAGGAAGCUGGGGGGCCAGAUCCGAGCCACCCAGGAGGAGAUGAAGUGGCACAUCGUGAGCUUGCAGGACCAGUUCAAUGUCCAGCUGGGAAGGCUGCACCGCAGGAACCUACGUCAGCAGGCAGCGAUGAGCCGGGACCUCAAGCGGUGGUGCAUGUCCCGGAUGAGGGACAUGGAUCUCCCGUCCAGCCCCGAGCCUUACGCUCUGCUCCAGUCACCCUCUGUGGAGGUCUCUGUGGCAGAGUCUGACCUGCUGGAGUCGACCCUCCCUCUGCUGGAUGUGGUGCCUGGAGACGACAGCAGCAGCAACAGCUCCUCCCUGGCCACCUACGUCAGCGGUCUCCCCAGUCUUCCCUCCUCCUCCACCCUGGCCAAUGACGACCACAACCACCAGACACCAGAGGGCCUGCCAGUGAGCUCUGCUGACUCCUGCUGGCGGCUUCCGGGAGUGACGCUCCGGGGUUCGGUGGUUCCUCCGGCCGUCGUAGGCUUGGGGAGGGCCAGGGGCAGAUCCACCAGUGGCAGUAGCAGCAGUAGCUUGUUUGCUGUCCCAGCCAAGCCCGGAAAGGCCGAGAUACUGGCGACCCGGGGCCAGCGGUUAGGACACAGGAGCUACGGCUGGGCCUGCAAGAGACGGCUUAGUGAACCCGUGCUGGCCCGUGGGCGGGCUACCGCUGGCACAAGCACUGACAACGACGCUAUGCUGGGGGUCUGUACCGACCGGCAAACGUUAAUCCAGGAAAGGAACCAUCGGCAAGCUGUUGAAGUGACUCAGCGGUUCUUCGAGGCGGUGUCGGCCCAGCUGGAGCGCUGGUACGAGAGCAAGGUGCAGGAGGCCAAGCGACAGGCAGAGCUGAGGGCACAGCAGGACAUGAGGCGGCUCCUGCAGCGAAUCACCGCCCUGGAAGAGGAGAUCCAGCGGCUGACAGCCAAUGACAAGGCCUAG